AUGACUGAUGACAAAUUGAAAAAUCUCCGCCUUAUUGAGAUUGAGAAGAUACUCAACAGCAAUGCGAGAUCUUUAAGAGACUAUCAAUCAAUGUCAUAUCCUGAGAUGUCUGAUUCUAGAGGAAAGAUUGUUUUAAAUGCCGCAUCCAAUGAAAUUGCGUCUUUACUCCUACCUGGUGGCAGAACGGCUCAUUCUAGAUUUUCGAUACCCAUUACAAUUACUGAUGAAUCUACUUGCAACAUCAAGCAUGGCAGUUUAAAGGCUGAGCUACUCAUUCAAAUUACCGAUCAACAUAAGACACAUCAACCAUUUGGUGGUAAGGUUGUUGUUCUAGGAGGUGAUUUCAGACAAAUACUUCUGGUGAUUCCGAAAGGGAGUGGACACGAUAUAUUGACAUCAGCUAUUAACUCAUCCCAUCUGUGGUCGUUUUGUAAGGUUCUGAAAUUGUAUACGAAUAUGAGGCUUCUAAUAUCUUCUUCAGAUCAAGAUGAAGGUGAAAUGAAGAGAUUUGCUAAUUGGAUACUUGAUGUUGAAAAUGGAAAUAUUGAUUCUGUUGUUGGUGAUGAAUCAGAAAUUAAAAUUCUAAAUGAUUUAUUGAUUACAACUAUUGAUGACCUUUUUUCUCAUUUGGUAGACUUUGCAUAUCCAAAUUUAUUGUAA